AUGGCUUCAGGAUCUAACCAGCUACAAGCUUUUCGACAGGCCAUGGUAGCAGUCUACGGCGAAUUUGAUAGAAUUCCGCAACAGGAUCUGGCAACUUGGAAGCCCCCUCCCCAGCCUGGGAAUGCUGGUCAUCGAGGUCGUUACUUGUGGACUGACGCAUUUGGGGUUGUUAACUUUCUGACGCUCUUCCAUGAAACGGCAGAACCGCGGUACCUGGGUCUCGCGAAGCGACUCGUGCAAUCAGUGCACGACGUGCUUGGCAGGACAAGAGACGAGACAUCACGUCUUCCUGGAGCGACCGACGAGGAACCCUUGAAAGGAGGUCUGCGCAUCGGGAAAACAGAUGAAUAUGGGCCAAAUGCCGACGGCCAGUAUCACCAUUACCUGACGUUGUGGAUGUUUGCGCUCAAUCGCCUCUCCGUUGCCGCCAAAGACAGCACCUUCAACGAUCUAGCGGUUCAGCUGGCCCGAGCUAUACACCCAAGGUUCAUCAUGGUCCGCAACGGGCAAGAGACCAUGUCUUGGAAGAUCUCAACGGAUAUGACCCAGCCCUUGGUCAACUCGAAAGGCCAUUUGGAUGACGUGACUGGAUUGGCCAUAUUUCAGCUCCUUGAAAACACUGCCAAAAAGUUUGGCCAGCAGAAUAUCACAUUGCAGAAGGAGAUGGACCAAUACCGAGGAAUGAUAGCUAGUGAAGGCGAAUUGCAUUCUUCCUCUGAUAUGUUAGAUCUCGGCAUGAGUCUCUGGAUCUCCCAUUUCGACCGUGACGCGCAAUGGUCCCGCGAACUCUCCCAGGAUGGCCUCAGUAUUGCUCAACACAUCUUUCUGCGAGGAAAGCCUGGGGCCUUGGGCAGGCGCAUGAGCUACCGCCUGGCGUUCCGAGAGUUUGGCGCUUGUCUAGGGGUAAAAUGCUAUGAGGACAAACAACUCAUCCAAGGUACACAUGCGCUCCUCGGCUCGUGGGAGGAGGUCAUGUAUGAAACGACACCAGAAGACCUCUUCGCAAUCACUCUCGUCAUGUACGCUGCAGCUCUCAUCCCUGGUGCGUUCUACCUCGGGUACUUUGGUGAAACUUGA